GUUUAACCUAGUGAAGGGAAUGUAUCUGCUGAUUUCCUCCAAAGUUUGGACAUUUUGGCCUUAAUUCAAAUAGAGCUCGGACGAGAUCGGGAGGAAACCCGAACCGGGAUUCGAACUCGCUCCGCUCACGCGCAAACGGAUAUAGUGCAAUCCUCUGGCACUGACUGAACACGUAGUCAAUAUACGCAACAAACAACUUCAACAUUAUAUUUUAAUAAAUGGCUCUUAAAAGCGAUCAGAAGAUGUCAGGCAUAAAAGGCUCAUGGCUGUGCCGUUUGGUUGUAGUAGUGACAUUGGCAUGUGUCAUCUCUAUGAGCAUCAUGUUUUACAGUUUCUCGCCUUCUAACUGUCCACUACCAUUUCCUAAACCCAAACAAAACUGUGCAAAGAGCAGCAUCCCUCUUUCUGAUAAAGCAGAGGAGAAACCUAUACUUCUCUUAUGGACCUGGCCUGAAAAUUAUAGGUUUGCUUUCAGCGACUGCAAAAAGUUUUACAAUAUUGAUAAUUGUCAAUUGACGGAUGAUAGAGCUCUCUACAACGAUGCAGAUAACGUCAUCGUUUAUCAUAGAAACAUCGAAUGGGAUCUCUCCAACCUUCCUCCAUCUCCUCGUCCUCCGUUCCAAAGGUGGCUUUGGUUGCAUUUGGAAUCACCAACCAACACCAAAAGGAUUCCAGGUCUGGAAAACCUGUUCAAUCUCACGCUCAGCUACAGACAGGAUGCUGAUAUUCCUGUACGGAUGCGCUUGAUGACCAGGAAGAAACCUAAUGAGGAUUUCAUCAUUCCCAAAAAGGAUAAACUGGUGUGUUGGAUUGUGAGUAACGAUGAUCCCUCAACAGGUGUUGAAACAAGGAACGUUUUUUACAGGGAACUCCGCAAAUACAUCAAAGUGACUUUGUUCGGAAAGGCUUAUUCAAGGUUUCUGAGUUACGACGACUACUAUCCAACCCUGGCCUCCUGCAAGUUUUACCUUGCCUUUGAGAACUCCAUCCACAAAGACUACAUCACUGAGAAGAUCAACGGGCCGCUCGCGGCGGGGACCGUCCCUGUGGUGUUGGGUCCUCCGAGAAGAAACUAUGAGAACUUUGUUCCCGCCGAGUCCUUCAUUCAUGUCAAUGACUUCCCAGACGCAAAGUCACUAGCCAAAUAUCUGCUUUAUCUGGACAAGGAUAAAGAUGCAUAUCGCAAGUACUUUAACUGGAGGAAACAUCUCACUCCAAGUCCUCAUUUAAUAUUACAGACACAAGAGUUUAUUCUGGCUAUUUGCACUGCGUGUGACUAUAUCGCACGACACAGACAAUAUAAAGAAGCUCACGAUCUCUAUGAGUGGUACUUCAAUUGAUGUUGCCUCAGGUUUUGGUGACAAAUAUUUUUAAAUAAUUAAUUAAUCUUUUCAUCUGCAAAUUCCUUUUAAAUCACCUUUAUAUCAUAAUCAGGAAAAAAAAACAACAGUUAUAAGUUAAUAGGUUAUUCCUCAUGUCUGUAAUUGUUGUUUGCUGGUUUCUUUUUUAAAUACAAAUGUCCUCAUGUGCAGUUUGUUAGCUACAUUAUUUCUGUUUGUAAUUACAGUUUGGUUAUGUUUAUUACAUAAGUAUAAGGCAAUGUCUUUGAACCUGUCAACCCAACUCUGCAGUUGUUUUUAAAAAGAAGCAAUUACCCAUGGUCCAAAACCUUAUUUACACUCGUAAGCUUAUUGUACACUUGAAAUACAAUGCGUUUGCUACCUCAUAUUCAUGGUAUUUUCGACGUAAAAGGUCAGAUAUAAAAUAUUUUGUCGCCAAGACAAAAGAGGGCACCAGAACUCCGAGUCAAACGGAAGAGACUGACGUUCUUGACGUACGCAGCGUUAGUGACGUCACGUGCGUGAAACGUGUUUUGUACUACAGCAGAGGUGUUCUGGAUUGUGUUUUAAACCAGGAGACUAGUUUUAUUAUUCAUCUUUAAAUCGUCAACUCUUUGUUUCAUAACGGCUUAACGCUUUAGUUUCGUCAGCACGUCAUCGUCUGUCGUCCUUAUUCUUUAAAUGAAUCACUCUUCGUAGGAAAUACUUAAAGGUUUGUAUUAUUAUUAUUAUUUUGUUAAAUGAUUUUUUUACACAUCAAUUACUAUUCUCAAUGCAUUUUAAUGUGUUACUCUCUUAAAUGAUUCUUGAAUAUGCUGAUUCUCUCAAACGCUGUGAACUUACAUAUUCAUUUAUAGUUUCUGAAAACUAUUUAACCCUUUCAGGCACUGAAUGUAUUUCAGGUAUUAGUUUAGUCAUUCGUUAAGCGAGUAACAAACCAGUAAGCAGUGCACGGGUUUAGGGUCAUUUUGAGGUUUUCACCAGGGGUCCAGGUACAUAGAAAUGCACUUUUACAGUUCAAACCAACAACUUUGAUUUCUGUUAUGGGGAAAUGCCAUUAAGUAAUGUUAUAUAUUUAUAUUCUGAAGCAUGUUACUUUAAGAGGACAUUCAAAUAAAUAUUAAAUAUG